AUGAAGCUUUCAAUUCCCUGUCUUGGCCUCCUGGGACUAGCCAGCGCACACCUAGCCAUCGUCAACAGAGCGCCGCCGGGUCCGCCGUACAAGGAGACGCCGCCGAGCAAGCUUCUUUCCGAUGCAGUACGGGCCGGCAUCCCGGGCUGGGGGCUGGCCGGGCUGCCCAAACUCCCUAAGGACGGACCCAAGCCCCCGAUCGACAAGAUGCCCGGGGGGUUACCGGAGCUCCAUCGGCCCAAACUGGGCUCCUCAGACUGGAGAACCGACACACUCAAGGGGCCGAGAAAGAAGCCGGGCACCACGUACCCCAAAGGCCCGCCGUGCCUGAAGCGCGGCUUGUCAUGCCGCCUGCGCGUGCCCAAGGCCAUUGGCAAGGCUGCCGCGUUUAUGAUUGUAGCCCCCUACGCACGCGAUAUUCUCGAAAUGGUCAAGGCAUGGGAUAAUCCCAUCGGGCACGCUGUGAAGUGGUUUGACGACGCCAUGGCUAGCCUCCAGGAAGCUAUUGGCGGACCCCAGCGUGACGAUAUCUACGGCAACGAGCUCAAGUAUAAGCUGAUCCAGUUUUUCAAGAGCGUGUUUCGUCUUUUUGGAGAGACACAAUGGGACAUGAAUGAGCGCCUCCGCGAGGAGGCCCAAGCCAAGGAAAAAGCACGUCGAGAGGAGGAGGAAAAGGAGAACCAGAGAAUCAAGGGCCUGGAAGAGCUGGCAGGAGUAUGCGAGAAGAUGUACAACGAGGAAUUAGACGGCGCUAUUGUUACGACCCAGCUCAAAGAGAGCUGCAACAAGCUCGCAGAAGAGCUGGAGAAGAUUCAGAGCGAGGAAGAAGAGGAGGAGGAAACGCCGCCGGAGCGCUACGUCUGGUUCGGAAAGUGCAGGUGUAAUUUAUUUGACCUCCCACCCAGCGGCGAUGAGUGCACUUUACAGUGCCGCGUGGUGUCGAUUAUAUUAUCGCUGAACCCCCCCGGACAGGACUUUGAAUCUGCACCAGAGACGCCCCCGGAGCCAGAGCCCAUAGACAUAUGUUCCAACUCUAUUGGCGAAUUUGAGUGCGGCAGCGGACAAACAGUCCUAGAGCUCAAGACGGGACGUGCCGUCUGCGGAGGAUGCGGGUUUGCCUGGGACGCCGAGGGCGGCAGAUGCGUGAGCAAGACGGGCGAGGUCCUCUGGCCGCUGGAGUCUCCCGAGCCUCCCGAUACACCCCCGGAGCCAGUGACCGGCGACCAGUCAAUAGCAGAGCUUUGGACCGGCCUGACCGUCUGUAGUAUCUGCAGAGGCGGGUGGGACGCCGAGAGCAGCACAUGCAUGACCAAGACCGGGGAGCUGCUCUGGCCGCGGAAGCUGCCUCCCAAUUCUCCGGCUUCGAUACCCCCCGAGAUCUCGGGGACGUGUGCGGACUCGAGUGGCGAAAUUCAGUGCGGCGGCGGGCAGUCGGCCGCCGAGCUGCAGGCAGGAUAUGCCAUCUGCGGAGUUUGCGGAUUUGCCUGGGACCCCGAGGGCGGUAAGUGCGUGAGCGAGGCCGGCACGCGUAUCUGGCCGCCGCCGGAGCCGGAGCCGCCGAGAAGUUGUUUCGAUUCGGCGGGCGAGAUUGAGUGCGGUGGCGGGCAGACGGAUGAGGAGCUCGAGGCUGGGUACACGGCUUGUAGAAUCUGCGGCGGUGCCUGGGACCCCGAGGGUGGUAAAUGCAGUAGCUUGACCGGACCUAUCUUCUGGCCACCGGCGUAG